CAUAGACAAAAGAGGGAGGAAGUUUGUAAGUGAUCGAUUUUACGCCGGCCUCAACUUCUCAACGGCAUUUUUCUUUGUUUGCUCGUAAGCGUGUGGACAAUAAUUAAACAGCAUCCGCGCGUCCGUGUCCAACUAUUACAAUGGCGAACAUGUUUCGCGGAGUUACCGUCUCCGCUGUAAACAAUGACGGCACCCAGACUCCGCGCUUCAAUUUUCCCACAAACGUAAACGUGGAUUACGAUCCGCAAGGGCUAAGUGUUAAAGUGAUACGUGCUGAUCCAGUGUUAGCUCAAGAAGUGCUCGAAUUCCCCGUCCACAACCAGAGCGAGUGUUCCCGCGUCGUCGGCCAGUCGUAUAUUUUUACGAUCGACAAUGAAACUUUAUUUUUCAAGUUUGCGUCCGAAGUCGACUGUCAGAAUUUUCACCUGCUCGUUAGUAAAAUUAAGGCGGGUCGAUCAUCUUCAGUUUUCACAGUGCGCACUGAAGAUUCGUCGGCGAUGCAAUAUUUUCAAUUUUAUGGUUACCUAAGUCAGCAGCAAAACAUGAUGCAGGAUUAUGUGAGAACGAGUACGUAUCAGCGAGCCAUACUGUCUAACAUCAAUGAUUUUAAGAACAAAGUGGUGCUAGAUGUGGGAGCUGGUUCAGGUAUUUUGUCAUUUUUUGCCGCGCAAGCUGGUGCACGGAAGGUAUAUGCUGUAGAGGCUAGUAAUAUGGCCCAUCACGCCCAAGCUUUAGUACGCGCCAACGGCCUCCACGACCGCAUCACGGUCGUAGCUGGCAAAAUAGAGGAGAUUGAGUUGCCAGAGACUGUAGAUGUGAUCAUUUCAGAGCCGAUGGGAUAUAUGCUGUAUAAUGAGCGUAUGCUGGAGACAUAUCUUCAUGCAAAGAAAUGGUUGAAGCCCAACGGCAACAUGUACCCAACUCGUGGUGAUUUGCAUAUAGCACCAUUUACUGAUGAUGCAUUGUUUAUGGAACAAUACAAUAAGGCAAAUUUCUGGUACCAGACAUGCUUCCAUGGAGUUGAUCUCAGUGCACUACGCACGGCAGCUAUGAAGGAAUACUUUAGGCAGCCUAUAGUUGACACAUUUGAUGUUCGUAUCUGCAUGUCAAGAUCUGUGAGACAUGUGGUUGAUUUUCUAAAUGCACAUGAAACUGAUCUCCACCGUAUUGAAGUACCGUUCAGAUUUGAGUUAACACAGUCUGGCACAUGCCAUGGUCUUGCAUUUUGGUUUGAUGUUCUCUUUGCUGGAAGCACACAACACAUAUGGCUAUCAACAGCGCCAACUGAGCCACUCACACAUUGGUAUCAAGUUCGUUGUUUGCUUGAGACACCAAUAUUUGCUAAACAAGGCCAAGCUUUGACGGGCCGUGUGCUUCUAUUAGCUAAUAAGAGACAGAGUUACGAUGUUACCAUGGAGGUAAACUUGGAAGGAACUAAUAUAUCAUCAUCUAACACACUAGACUUAAAGAAUCCAUACUUUAGAUAUACUGGCGCACCGGCGGCACCACCGCCAGGCGUGAACAGCACUUCUCCCAGUGAAUCAUACUGGAACUCACUGGAGACCACUGCCACCCUUAGUAAUGGACAGGGUGUCAUACUCACCGAUGGCACACAGCAGUAUUGCUCUACCCCAGACCAGACCAUUGCUUACAGUGCCCAUCCUAAUAUGAUUAAGACAGUGAUGCUGCAAGAAGAAUUCAUCAAGAGGAUCGGGAUUAGUCAAAAUGGGGACAUAUAAUCCGCGAAGUCGCGCCGAGCGCGCCUUAGGGCUAUAAGGAACCGUAAUCGGUUGUGAACACUCUUCCGUUCAGACUCUAUUAGUGUGUAAGAGAACUUAUUUAUUUCAAACGAAACAUCACAGUGGAGAGGACUGUAUCUAAUACUAGAAGUUCAACUGGCCUUGUCAAUGAAAGUGAAAUGCAAUAAGAACCAAGCGCCUUCUAGGUCAACAUUUUGUUUGAUCAUGACGCUUACUAGUGUAAUUUGAUGACAAAUCUGCUCGUAUGUUAAUUAUGAAAAAAUUAUUGUAAAUAAUCUGUGGUGGUUAGGAAAUAACUGGCCGAAAUGUUAAGGGUUGCUCUAGAAUUAGCUAGAGUUGAAGUACACUUAGUAUAAGCAAUAAGUGCUGACUUUCAAUGAUAAUGCUUAUCAUUGUCAAUACUCAUUUAUCAUUAGAUCAGGCUCAAUCAUAUUAGUUAGGUAGGGGAAUCAAGCAUUAUAAAGGCAGGUAGUGAUGUAAGGAUGUUCUUAGUUUGGUCACAAUUAUCUAUGGUCCAUAUAUUUCAUAAUUUGAAUUUAGAAUGGUAUAUUAUAUGAUAAUGGCCAUACUGAAAAUCCUUACAUAGGUAACAGUUGAGACUGGUUAUGAUUCCUUGUCUGCCGAUCAAAAAAAAACUCUUGAGAGAUUGUGGAUAACACCUGGAGAGCAGCAGUAACGAGAUACUUUGCUGAUAUUUUUAUACAUAGCCAUAAAUGUUAUGUUAAUUCUGUAAAUAUUUUAAAUUUAGGAUAAAGUUAGUAACAUUUCUAUUUUUUUUUUGUUACUGAAAUUUAUCAGUAUUGAUUUUGUGUUCUAUUCUCUCUUUUUUGUCAGGCAGGGCCUAUUACAUUACAUAAUAGCUACUUAUCUAGUUAAUUUAUAGGACUAAAUAAUGUGAUUAAUUUAUAUUUUACAUGUGAUAUCACAAUUAUGAAAUCUAAUUUAAGAUGACACAUUAGUAAUUAAAAAAAAAAAGUGAAUAUACAAGUUUCCUUUCUCAAACAUGUGAUAUUAAACUUUAAAAAAAUCUCUGUAUUGUUUAUAAAAAAAGUAUUUCUAAUAUGCCUAAAUAUUAUUAUUUAUAAAAGACAAAGCACUUCAAUAGUUAAAAAAGGUUUUUGUGGGGCAUUUCUAUAAAUAAAGAGAUAGGUAUAUUGGUAUAGUUAAGAAAUGCAAUGUUAUAGUAAUACAAGAUUUAUUUGGAAAGAAAAAUCAUCCAGAUUUUGAUGCAGGCUGUAUGUAAUGUGAUAUGACCUUAUUUGAAAUAAUUUUCCUAUUCACAUCGUAACUAGGGUUACCAUUUGAUUUGAAAUGUCCCAAUAAAAAAAUUCGGAUAUUUUAUUCGCAAAGAGAUUUAACACUGGCAAAUUUAAUAGUUGCCAUAUAAAAAAAUAAAUCGCACGCAAAGCGUAUGUUUUCAUGUUCAACGCGAAAAAUCAAAAGCUGGACGAAGAUGGUAACCCUAACAGUAACCAGCUGAGAUCUACAAUCUUGCGUCAUAUAGCUGAUAAACAAUGGAAAUAAUUUUGGUGCUGUACCUGUUUGCACAAAUAAUAGUUUUCUUAUAACAUGACUACCUCACGAUUUGGCAGACAAUUGGAGCUUUAUAAUCGUCCAUCAUUUAACGGCGAGGUGCAAAUUAACUUGUCAAUUUAUAUGGUUUUUAUCUAUUGUAAGUUCCAUUUGAAAUUGGACUUAUUUAACUGUUUUUUAGGUGUUGUUUUGUAGUAAGAGAGUGAGACUCGUAGUUUUACAAAUUACUUUUGUAAUGUUUAUACCAGCUUCAGUAAUACUCAUGAUUAGUAUUUAAAAAAAAUGUGUUUUAAACGUUCACGAGCUGAGUUGGCCACGUACCAUCAGGCGGGCCGUCUGCUUGACAAUUAUAAGUCGACUAUACAAUUCCAAUUUCGGUUAAUAAAAUAUAAUCUAUAAUUUUUGUACCUCGACGUUAAAUGAGAGGACUACUUUUUAUUAUAUACUUUAAAGCGAUUGUCAAAAAGUCUUUCAUCGAUUGGCUAUGUUAGUAGGGUUGCCAUGUUUAGGAAAAAUUCGCAGCGUCGAGCUGCCAUAUCAUAAUAAGGAUUUGAUGACACGCUUGUAACUUGUAACUAUUAUGGAGCAUGUUACGUUAGAUUAGUUGUAGGUAGUCAUAGAAUUUUUAGUUAUCGACGUCAGAAUACAGUUGGCAACCCUGUUUGUGAAACCUAUAAUAAAGCCAGACUCGCUUGCCAUUAAAUCAAUUAUGUUAUUAAGAGCAAUUCACUUAUAAAAGCCGACUCGGAAUUGUAAAGAAACAAUCAAGCAGCCUGACUUGACGAUUACAAUUAAAAUGUGAUAUGCUUUGUCAUUAUUAAGCUAAUAAUAAUGUCCCCCUAUUAAACAUAUGGCCUCCAUAAAAUAGAGAAUUUUUUUUAUGGAAUAUAAAUUGUAUGGUAUCUCCGCCUGCAUUGUCUUUAUACGUUGGCGGUCCACCACUGAGUUUUAGGAGACUAGAACGUGAUAACUUCGAAACGUGUAGCGUUAAAGUCGAAAAGUUAAUCCUGCACCCGUGAUUCCGUGGCAGGUGCGGAUGAAAUCCGGUCAGAGGGACCAUUAUGACAAAUUCACUAGAUAACAGCUACGAUAUUAGGGGAUGGUAUAGACGUUGAUCUGAUAGGUAUUGCUAGCAAGUGGACUACUAAAUUUUACGACCUGUUCCCCCAAUCACCAGAAUUUUGGUGUAGGCGUUUUUUUUUAGUUUUUGUGUACAAUAUUUUGUUUUUCUAAUUGCAACACAUUCUGGGGAUGAAUGGGAACAGUGAUAAAUAUACUACACAGGGUUCUUAUUAAACAUCUACUUGUCCGUAGAAUAUUAUUUAUAGCACUUGCUUUGCUUGCGUUGACAUACGGUUUGAGACAUUUAUUUCUCUAAAGAUUUACAUGAAUCAUUUAAAUGAGAAAUUUCAAAACUAUGAACAUGCACUUAAUAUCUACUGUUAGCGAGCGUAAUUUAUCAAACAUCAACUAGAAAUAAAAAAUAAUGUGUAACUACCUUCAUUUUAUAAAAAUUAUAAAACAAUGCGACUCGAUACAACAAGUUGCUUAUAAUGUAAGGACAAUAUCUACAAUCUUCGUUUAACUUCGGUAAAGUUAUCUUAAAACCGAUAUAAAAGUGGUUUCAAGUACUAUUGCUUUUCAUAUAAUUUACUUUACUACAUAGUAUAAAACAAAGUCGUCCCGCUGUCUGUCUGUCCCUAUGUAUGUUUAGAUCUUUAAAACUACGCAACGGGUUUUUUUAAUAGAGUGAUUCAAAAGGAAGGUUUAUAUGUAUAAUACAUGCAUAAUAUUGUAGAGAAACACUGAUAAAUUUAGAGGUUUCUAAUGUGACGUAAAUAAACACAUUUUUUUGCGCUUACAUUGCAAACGCUAGCUGAACCCUACGAGAUAGAUCAAAAUAAUGUACUACAGUAUUGUAAACCUUAAAAAGGUCAACAAAAACACCGCGAUGGUAUAUGUCUAUCUCUUAGGGAUAACCCACAAUAACCAUUUUUUAUCCUUUACUUUUUACGAGGAAUAAUGGCUUUUACUAAGCAAUUUUAAGCAAUACAGCAUUAAUCCUUAUCCAAUUAAGUAUUUUAAAUAUGUUACGUUAAAAAAAAAAAAAAAAAAAUACAUAUUUGAAAUUGUAUUCUGUAUAUUUAGUAUCAACAUUGCACCCGUGUGAAGCCGGGUCGGAUUGCUAGUAUAUUAUAAUUUAUUAUUACUUACUAGCGGCCCGUUCCGGCUUCGCACUGGUGGACAUUUUUACAUUUAAAAAAGUGGCCGUUUUCUCAACAUUUCCCUUCACUGCUCUGCUCCUAUUGAUCGUAGCGUGAUGAAAAGUAUACUAUAACCUGCCCAGGAGUAUGAAGAAUAAUUGUAACAAGUUUCGUUAAAAUCCGUCGAGUAGUUUUUGUUUCUAUAACGAACAUACAGACAGGCAGACAGACAAAAAUUUUAUUGAUUGCAUUUUUGGCAUCAGUAUCGAUCACUAAUCACCCCCUGAUAGUUAUUUUGGAAAUAUAUUUAAUGUACAGAAUUGACCUCUCUACAGAUUUAUUAUAAGUAUAGAUAUAUAUAACCUAAUAAAAUCGGCCUUCGUAUGGGUUUCAAAUUGUUUAUAGGAAGUAAAGGGAGAAACAGACACGUAAACAGCGGCUUUUAUGUUAUUUAGAGAUUUAGACAAAUGAUCUCUUCGUACGUACACUGAUAGACAGAUAAUCCACAAUUUUAGUAUUAGUUCUGAUGCUUGAAUUAGACAUGGCAAGUCAGAAGUGUUAAAUACCUUAUUUAUACAGUUUUAAAGUUGAAUUUACAAUCUCUCCAAUCGAAAUACCUUUACUGAAAAGUGGGAAAAUUUUUAAUUCAAAUGUAAUUUUUUUGUGUACAUUACACUGUGUGUUGGCCAAUUGCCAAAAGUAAAGUAAUUGUUAUGAUUAUUUUUUUUAAGACUUCAAAAAAGAAAGAUUUUCGAAUAUAUAUAUAUAUAUAUAUAUAUAUAUAUAUAUAUAUAUAUAUAUAUAUAUAUAUAUAUAUAUAUAUAUAUAUAUAUAUUGUUUAUGUUAAGCGAUUUAUUUGAUAAUGAAGUAAUUUUCAUGACAUUUACAGUCUAUUAAAUAGAUUUUUUUUUUGUAACAAAUGUUUAGCGAAAAAUAUUCUAGUUUUUUUUUUCUUGCAACUUUGAAUGGCAAACAAGCUGACGGCCCACCUGAUGGAAAGUGGUAAACGUCGCCUAUAGAUAUGAGCAAUACCAUGGACAUAACAGAGUAUACUGUUUCGCCCAUGAUACCCCCCAUGCGUUGCCAUUCCUGAGGACUCAGGUGUUAUUCCUCUGUACCCUGUAAAUUUACUAUUGAAAUGUUAAACCAUAACGGGUUUUAAAAGCAUUUUCAAAAGUAUUAGAUUCUCAAUUCGACUUAUUUUUUUUUGUUGUGACUACGUUAUGCGAUUAAGUCGCCGUUUUUGAACCGAUUCGGAUUAUUCUUUCAAUAGUUGAUAGAGUUUGAUUUAAUUUUUUUUCUAUCGAAUCCGCCGUUUUGUACGGAACAAAAAAGUUUUUUUUUAGACCAAAGUCUACUUAUACGAUUCCGUCUUCUUAAUUCAAAUAUUUUUAUUCUGUCUACUUAACUAAUGUGAUGUUUUGUUUCAAUUGAAAUCGGCCAUUUAAUUAGUUUUUUUUUAUGUUUAUAAAAAAAUCGUUUUGUAUAAUGGAAGGAAUUAUUGGUUGAGACCGAAUCAUGAAUCAUUCAAUCUAAAUAUUUGAUCAAUCAGCCAUGAUCUUAAUAAACGAAUAGGUAGUCUGUGUACAUAAUUGUUACUUCAAUAAAUGUAUUUGAAGUACGUAUAGUUUAAAUAAUGACAAUGGAAUGGUAAACUCGCCUGCGCUAUCGGUACACGCUGGCGGGGCCUAAGUGAGAAUGAAAGGGCAGGUCGGAUCGCCCAUCGUGAUGAAUAUACCUGGAAUUAAGUACGAUGGUUACCAGGGGGACCACGUGGGGGUCGACCUGAUAGGGUAUAUUGUUAGCAAUGGGACUAGUAGUCCGCAUUACUAACAAUUCCUUUUAAGCUAUAUAGAUUAGCCCAUAGCGUACUAGUUAUUUUAAUUGCCCCAAGGAAAAUAAUCUAUCGGACGGGCCGUAUGCUUGUAUCUAUCAUAGUCUCUUUCCGUUUAAGAGAUCCUCUUGUCGAUGCACCUAAUUCAUGCAUUAAUAUGAAAUUAUUAAUUUGUAUGAAUUCCACUACGGUACGGGAAAACUACCCAUGUACCCAACAGAACCUCUGUUCAAAUGAUUUUUUUUCUUUUCCAAUAUAUUGCAAUUUUUUUUUCAUUAUGCAGUUGACAAUAAAAAAAAUGGUGAUUAGAAAAAGAUAGAUAUACAUAUAUAGAAAGACUGUUUGAUUGUUUCUGAUAGUCGAAAACGUUUCUACCGUUCUUAUAAAUUCGUCCCGCUUCUUACCGUAUGCGCAUAAAUCAAAAUUAAAACAUCACAAGAGAUAAAAUAAGUCAAUAAUUUUAAUUUAGUUUUAAGUUAUGUGAUACUUUAUUUUAAAUUGAAGACAUGAGUGGAUGAAGGUGAUAUGUUGUAUUUACGGAUUUUCCCUAUUCUGUAAAUGGAUAGAAGUGUUAGCAGGUGAUAUGGACAUACUGAUAUAAUUUACACACGAUUACUGUAACUUAUAGCCUUAAAUAUACAUAUAGUAUACUAUAUGUAUAUAUUUUUUUACAUACAUACAUACAUAUCUGUCACGCCUGUCUCCCAUUAGGGUAGGCAGAAACAAUGGAACGCCAAAUGCUUCGAUUCAAACAAACCUCUUUCGCUUCUUCCAUAUUUUUUUUUGAUGGAUGAAAAUGGUAUGGUAACCCCGCCUACGCUAACGGGAUACGCUGGCGGAGCACCAGUGAAGGGUGAUCGAUGAGAAUGAAAAACAGGCCAGUUAGCCCGUCAUGAUGAAUUCAUCAGGAAUUGAUCAUGAUAGUUUCCAGGGAGAACCGCGAGGAGGUCGACCUGAUUGGGUGUAUUGCUAGCAAGGGACUUCUCAGUCUCCAUUACUAACAAUCCCUUUCCCCCCUGUGUAUAUAUUGGUCGUUUGGUCCCGGCAUAGAAUAGGCCACACACUCCUUCCUGUGGGUGUCGUUAGAGUUGACUAAGAUAAUGGCGAGGUAUGGGUAGCAGUGGUCAUCUUAAAACAUCCCUAAAGCCUAACUGCAGUUGUCAAUCCAUCUGCCAAGCGUAACUACUGGUAAAACACCUUUAGAGGGCUUAUGUUCAGCAGUGGACAGUUAAUAGGCCUCACCCAUAAGGGGGUUUUUGCCAGCAGUUGUCAUCCUUGGCAGAUCGAUUGUUAAUCGAAGUUGAGCUUUGGUGAUGUUUUAAGAGGGGCACUGCUGUCCAUCGCUCGACAAAUUAGUUCACUUAGUCGCCUCUUAUGACACUCACGGGAAAGUACGAGAUGGGCUAUACUAUGUCGGGAUCGUAUGGCACCAAUCAAUGUAUAUAAUAGCAAAAAUCCGGAAAAAAAUAUACGAAUGAAACACAUUGUACGUGCCUAUAAAAUUUGGGGGUUACCUUUCAUUUGUCUAGGAUUCUAUUAUCAGAUCCUGACUUGUCACCUCAGGAGUAAAGAUUUUUUUUAAAUUUGUCGACAUUUGAAUGUAGUAUCGGUGGGCAUACAUAGAAAAAAUAUACAGUCGAACAUAGAAUCUCCUCUUUUGAAGUCGGUUAAAAGUACGAUAUAUCGCCUUUACCUGUUCUUGUUUUAAAUUAUUAUGUACUUUGAUAUUUUUACUAUAUUGUCACUGCCUGCCCCAUGGCCUCGUAUUACCGCGGCGUGAUGAUAGUUAUAGGAUAUUAGAGAUUUGUGUGCAUACGAUAAUGAAAUCGGAGUAAAAAAGUGGGGUUCUAAUGGCCACUUUGGGUGAAUCAUAAAAGCAUCCAAAACGAUUCAUUUUUGCAUUAACAUCUGAACGUCAGUAUUUGUAAAAUCGUCAUAGUCGUAGAAUACUGAUGGAUCUGACAAAUAUUACAUAUAAAAAUCCGUCGGUAUUCUACGAUUAUGACGAAAUGACUCUAUUUAUAUGAAUUGUGUUGAAGAAUCUCGUUAUUUAAUGGAUUUAUAUAUAAUCGUCCAUUUUGGGGAUUUUCAUUGAAAAGUGUCGUUUAGAUGUUUAGCAAAUAUAUAUCUUUUUAGAAUUCUGUUUGUAUUCUUGGGCCUUAAUAAACAUUUUACAUGAUUCAAUUCACUCGUUCAUCGAUUCACGGAACUUUAGGAAGGGCAUCGGUAACAGAUGACGCGAAGUGCCUGUUAUAGUUUCCCAAGUAUACGAAAUGAAUAAUAAUUAUUAUGAUUCACUUAAAGUGGCCACGUGGCUGUUUUAACCCCAUAGUUGAACCAUAAAAACAUGAAGUGUGUGUAAAUAAUUUACAGAUUCGACAUUGGGACCAAUUUUGAGGUGUUAUUUUCUCUAAACCCAUCUCUCAUAUUUUUAUUUUAUAGAUAAUUUUGUAAAAUUACCACAAUUUAGACUUAAGUCUAUUAAAAACUGAGUCCAUUUUGUUUUUUUUUUUUACAGUAAAUAUUUGUCUAUGGUAUCAAUUAAAUUUUAAAUUUAGAGAUUGGUUUUGGGUAAAUGGCGCUUCAGAAUCGACCUCAUUGGUUUUUCCAUAACGGCACUUUUUAAGAAUCCAAAAGUAAUUAUGGUUGUGUAUUUAGGUGAAUCAAUUUAAUCAUGAAUUCAGCGUUGGGCCCUGAUGCUGUAAACUUUGAAACUGAUAUUGUUUGACAGCAUAAAUGAUUGCAAUCAUUCUGAUGACAUAAUUAAAAUUAAAUAUUUCUCGUGGAAAUUGUAUUAUUUAUCGUUCAUUUUUAAUGGUUUCCGAAAGACAACAGAUUUUCAAUUAAACUAUAUUUGUUUACUGAUUUUAAUGUGGCUUUUUAAAUCGAAUGUUCUCCCGUGUUGGUUUCAUGAUUGCCAGAUCAUUAAGUGUUAUAUCGUUGGUACUUAUACUCUAUGUCCAAUUACAAGACAAUUUAAAAUCAUAUUUUAACCUAUUUAAAAAAAGACCUCAAAAUUUCCUAGUUAAAAGGAAAGAAUGGAGAAAACCGAUGUAUCUGGAAAAAUCCUUAGCUACAGUAAUAAAACAAUUCAUACAUUACAUACAUAAUACAUUUUUAUGAUUGCCAUGUACAGUACAAACACUGUCCAUAAAAGAAACUGUUUAUUUUAUUUUUAUAUCUGUCUUGCUAAAUGUUGCGAUAUGUCGCUAACAAAUCGACAAUAUCAAAGGCAAAGUUUACAUCAAUCAGUGUUAAGAAUGUGCAGUGUUUAAAUGAUUUUCUAUCGCUGCAAAGCCCAAUGGGAAUUAGAACAAUUUUUGUUAUGAAAAGAAAAAUGUUAUUUUUGAAGUGAAACAGUGGCAAAUUUUGUGCAAUCGUAUACACGCGUUAGUGCACGUAUCAAGUCCAGUAUUAAAUAAGGAUUGUCCAUAUUACAACGGGCAAAAGACGGUCGGGCACAAGGGGUGAAAUAUAAAUGUUAUCAGUGACAAACUACACAGGGUUUGUCACGAUUCAAAAAAUUCUUUGUUUAUAUAAAAUUGUAGUUAUUCGUAAUAAAGCGUAUAACAAAAUAUCUUUAUAAAUCCUUACCGAGAAUCGCCCUUUGGAUAAAAAAUUUAAAUAAUAGUGAAAUAUUAAAUUUCAACUUUGUUGAAUUUCGUUAUUUAAUUGAAGGGACUUGGGGAAUAUUCAAUUAUAAUACUAAAACUAGGAAAAAAUUGUUCCUCGUCUACCGUAAACGCAAGACGAAAAUAAUUCUUGACGUAUUUUCUGUUCGAAUCUGAGUAAUGAUUCACAUGAGUUCGUGGCAAAUUCCAGGUAAAUAAAACCUUUAAUAUUAUACGUGUAGAAUUCCAAAUUAAUUUGUUACUAGAUGGAUCGAAUGCCGGGAUUUCUUUGCCCGUGAAAUAAUAAUAUUUGAGCAUUUUAUAUUAACCUUGUCGUGCCCGCCCGUUCUCUGCCCGCUGUAAUAUGAAUACUCCUUUACACUUUUUGUUUUCUAAAACAAUGCACGUCCAUGUAAAUCGUUCCUUCUGAUGACAAAUGUAUCUCACUUUAUUACGAUUAUAUGGAAAAAGUUUGGACGGCAAUUUUUGGUAAUUAUAACAAGUAAUACUAAUCUAUAAUA